AUGGUGGCUUUUGUUGGGGCUCAGGUUCCGGGAAUUAUAUAUCAACCGAAACCUUCAAGGUAUUACGUUCAUGUUGCUAAUGGUCUAAGCACUCUUCCGCUGACAGUGCAUUGCCAGUCCAAAGACGAUGAUUUGGGGAUUCACCAUUUGCCUAAUCGUGGAGAUGAUUUCCAAUGGAACUUUAAGGACGAUGAUCUCGGCCUCCACACACUCCCUCCGACCGCCGAUUUCUCAUGGAGUUUUGAGGCCAAUUUCUUCCACACCACACUCUUCUGGUGCCGCCUUCAGAAAGGCGGCGGAGGCGGCGGCGUUGAGGCAGCUUUUAAGGUGUUUUGGCAUGAUGCCCGGUUGUUUGAGAAAUGUGGGUGGAAGAACUGCGUUUGGAUCGCCAAAGAUGAUGGCAUUUACAUUAAGAACUUUGCCAAGGGGAUUGAUGAACUUAGUUAUACAUGGGAAGGUUGA